GGUGGUGCGCGCGCAGAACGUCAUCGCUCCGCGCCGGUUUGGGGGCAGCAGGCGGCAUGGCGGCGGCGGCGGCGGUGCGGAGGGGGUGUGCGCGGGCGGCUCUGCUGCGCCUCGGGGCGGGGCUGGGAGCGACCCCAGCAAAAGGAGGAGCGUGUCUCCAAAGACAAGUACUCCGUCACUGGAGCCUCCGGUACAGUGUUCCCGCCACCAGCGUUUCUGCUGUGCGGACAUACAGCACACAGACGGCGGAGAGCAAGGAAGAAGAGCCCCUGCACACCAUCAUCAGCGACACAGAGAACGUGAAAGGUGCAGCCUCUAAACAUGAGUUUCAGGCUGAAACGAAGAAACUGCUGGAUAUUGUUGCCCGUUCCUUGUACUCAGAGAAGGAGGUAUUUAUCCGGGAGCUGAUCUCCAACAGCAGCGAUGCACUGGAGAAACUGCGUCAUCGGCUGAUGGCAGAAGGGAAGGCCUUGCCAGAGAUGGAGAUCCAUCUGCAGACAGACAGUGGAAAAGGAACCAUCACAAUCCAGGAUACCGGUAUCGGGAUGACUCAGGAGGAGCUGGUUUCUAACCUUGGUACCAUUGCUCGAUCAGGCUCAAGGGCUUUUCUAGAUGCUCUGCAGAGCCAAGCUGAAGCAAGCAGUAAAAUCAUCGGCCAGUUUGGAGUGGGUUUCUACUCAGCCUUCAUGGUGGCUGAUAAGGUGGAGGUGUUCUCCCAGUCUGCGGAGCCGGAGAGCCCAGGCUACCACUGGUCUUCGGAUGGCUCAGGAGUGUUUGAGAUUGCAGAAGCAUCUGGUGUCAGAACUGGGACAAAAAUUAUUGUACACCUCAAAGAGGACUGCAAGGAGUUUGCAAAUGAGGACCGAGUCAAGGAGGUUGUGACCAAAUACAGCAACUUCAUCAGCUUCCCGCUGUAUCUCAAUGGGAGAAGAAUUAACACCUUACAGGCACUCUGGAUGCUGGACCCCAAGGAGAUCGGCGAGUGGCAGCACGAGGAGUUCUACCGCUUCAUAGCACAGGCUUACGACAAGCCCCGCUACACCCUGCACUACAAGACCGAUGCUCCCCUCAACAUCCGCAGCAUCUUCUACGUGCCUGAGCAAAAACCAUCCAUGUUUGAUAUCAGCAGGGAACUGGGAUCCAGCGUUGCCCUCUACAGCCGCAAAAUUCUCAUCCAAACCAAAGCUGCCGACAUCCUGCCUAAAUGGCUGCGUUUCCUUAGAGGUGUUGUGGACAGUGAGGAUAUUCCCCUGAACCUCAGCAGAGAGCUGCUGCAGGAGAGUGCCCUCAUCAGGAAGCUCCGAGAUGUUUUGCAGAAGAGGUUGAUCAAGUUCUUCAUCGACCAGAGCAAGAAGGACCCUGAGAAAUAUGCCAAAUUCUUUGAGGACUACGGGGUGUUCAUGAGAGAGGGGAUUGUCACGAUAGCAGAGCAGGAUGUCAAGGAGGACAUAGCAAAGUUGCUACGUUACGAAUCGUCCGCCCUUCCUGCGGGCGAGCUGACCAGCCUGACCAACUACGCCUCCCGCAUGAAGGCAGGGAGCAGAAACAUCUACUACCUGUGUGCACCCAACCGGCACCUGGCCGAGCACUCCCCAUACUUUGAGGCCAUGAAGAAAAAGGACAUGGAGGUCCUGUUCUGCUAUGAGCAAUUCGAUGAGCUGACACUCUUGCACCUUCGGGAGUUUGAUAAGAAGAAGCUGAUCUCGGUGGAGACUGAUAUUGUUGUCGAUCACUAUAAGGAAGAGAAGUUUGAAGAGAGCCGCCCAGCUACAGAACGUCUGACAGAGAAGGAGGCAGAAGAUCUGAUGGCCUGGAUGAGAAAUGCCCUGGGAUCUCGAGUGACUGGCGUUAAGGUGACCACGCGGCUGGACACUCACCCUGCCAUGAUCACUGUGCUCGAGAUGGGUGCUGCCCGCCAUUUUCUUCGCAUGCAGCAGCUGGCCAAGACCCAAGAGGAGCGUGCCCAGCUCCUGCAGCCCACCCUGGAGAUCAACACAGGGCAUGCUCUGAUUAAGAAGCUUAAUGAGAUGAAGGACAGUCAGCCGGAUCUGGCCCAGCUGUUGCUUGAUCAGAUUUAUGAAAAUGCCAUGAUAGCAGCAGGACUGAACGAGGACCCCAGGCCAAUGGUGAGCCGGCUGAAUGAACUCCUCACCAAAAUCCUGGAGAGAAACUGAGCCCGCGGGGACUGAAGGAUGAACUCUGUGCCGAUAUCUCCUCGAGCGCAGUCCCUCUGUGCAGCGAGGUGCUCACGUGGCAGAGGGCCUGCGGAACGCAGGGAACUUCACCCCUCGCUGCACAGGGAGGAGCCAGUUGCAAUUAUUAGAUCAUGUCAUCAGCUUGUUCAGAGUGCCACAUUCUCAGGGGGAACGAAGUCCAAGGGUUGCUGCUAAAACAAUGUGCCCAAAUUUCUGAUGCAAGCCUGAAGAGCCUCAUUUUGUACCGUUUCUAGAAAUAGCCUUUCCCCUAACAGGUGUUGGCAGCAAGAUUCCCAGUUAGGUCUGCGAAUACACCCCCCAUCCUGGAGUGCCUGGGUGCCGUCGAGCUCUAAACGAGCACUGACACAAUUAAUUAAUUUGGUAAGAAGCCUUCACCCCUACCGAACAGGAGGAGUUUGUGGGUGUGGGGACAGACUGCUGCCAUUAGCGCACACAGAUACCAUUGGUGGGACACAUCAGUACAAUCCCAUGGCAGAAAAGGUCACCAAGCUGUUGGAUAUUGAGUUCCCCUUGGUCUUGCUGUGGAGAAAGGGAAGUAGCUGGGAAACGGCUUUCCAGAGUGUGGCUUUCUGGAGAGUCUCCAGGGGCUUUCCCUCUUCUGCAGGAUAAAGCUGUGUGUUUAGCUGAUCUGUAUUUAUGGUAAAUAAACUCCUCUUCUUUUCCA